AUGUCUGUAGACUCGACACCAAAAGUGCUUUCAAUUCAAAGUCAUGUUGUCCAUGGGUAUGUGGGCAAUAAAAGUGCUGUUUUCCCUUUACAAGUUUUAGGAUUUGAAGUUGAUGCUAUAAAUACAGUUCAGUUCUCAACACAUACAGCAUAUGAACAUAUUAAAGGAACAAUCCUGAAAUAUGAAGAAAUGGCAGAGAUAGUGGACGGUUUAAUAUUAAAUAAUCUUGACUACUAUACACACUUUUUAACUGGCUACUCCAGAUCACCAGAUUCUUUAAAGCAAAUUGCCCAAAUAAUCAAAAAACUGAGAGAGAAAAAUCCAAAUUUAAUAUAUGUGUGUGAUCCAGUAAUGGGUGACAAUGGAAAAAUGUACGUGCCUGAAGAAAUAUUACCAGUGUAUAGGGAUAUAGUAGUCCCUUUAGCAGAUAUUUUAACUCCCAAUCAAUUUGAAGCAGAACUAAUAACUGGUUUAAAAAUGAAAGAUUUGGACGGUGCCCUUAAAGUGAUUGAAGCACUUCAUAACAAAGGCGUUAAAACUGUAGUACUUUCUAGCACGGUCUUGGGAGAUGAGAAAAAUAUGCUGGCGAUUGCAAGCAAUAAAGACACCUGUUACCAAAUUGUGAUACCGAAAUUGAACGCAUCGUUUACGGGCACAGGAGACUUGUUUGCUGCUUUGUUUUUGGCGUGGUUCCACAAAACCAAUAGCGAUUUAAAAAUGACCUUAGAAAAAACGGUAGCAACGCUUCAGCAUUUAGUCAAGGACACAUAUUCUAAAGCAAGAGAAAUUCAUCCUGAAGGAAAAAUCCCAUGCUCCCUCCUGGAGCUCAGACUCAUACAAAACAAGAGGGCUAUAGAAGAUCCUACGAUUACUGUAGAAAGUACCAAAAUAAGAGGC